AUGGGGUUGCACAUUCUCCACGAGCCUAUAGGAACUAGGAACGUCGACAUCAUCUUCGUACAUGGACUUGGUGGUUCCCAGUCGUCUGACAUGGGCAUGGGAGCGCGAUUUGAGUCUGUUCCUGGCCAAAAGAGUGGCUGCCACUCGAGCCCGAAUUGGGUGACGCCAGGAUAUUCUCGUUCGGCUACGAUGCCAACUUUACCAAAAUUUGCCCUCACUAAUCGACACCAGGUUCCGAUCAUAUUCGUCGUCCACUCUAUGGGAGGCUUGGUAUUCAAGAAGGCUUACAAUCUCGGCGCAAUCGACGAAAAGUUCAGUGCAAUGACUGACGCUAUUCGUGGGGUGGUGUUUCUCGCAACACCUCAUCAGGGCAGCAACCUGGCCGACGUGCUCAAAAAGUUCUUGUCCACAUUUAUGCAAACUCCGAAACAGUACAUCAAUGAGCUGCGACACAACUCUGAGGCGCUAGUGGGCAUCAAUGAACAGUAUGUUCAGCAUGCAAGGAACAUGCACCUCGCAUCAUUCCGCGAGACUCACGCCAUCCGCGGUCUCAAAAGUCUCAUCGUCGACGAGUCAUCAAGUAAACUCAAUUAUCCCAACGAGAUAUGCUGGCCGUUGAAUGCCAAUCAUCACAGUGUCUGCAAGUUUGCGUCACGCCAGGAUCAAAAUUACAUCAGCGUCAGCAGUGUGAUAAGGGAUUUCGUCAAGCUUGUGACCUCCAAAGCCGCGAUCCCUAUCAGUCGUCGUCCUUCGACAGUGCAAAGUUUCGAAUCCAUCCGGAAAAGACUGUCCGGACUGAUCGAUACGCCCGAGAGGUAUAAGGCCGACCAUGAGCGCGUCUCUCAGCUCUAUGUGCCUGGCAGCUGCAACUGGAUUCUCGACGACCUCCAAUUCCGCGGCUGGCUCUCAGACGACUCACUCGAGCCUUCAAUUCUCAAGCUUUCUGGUUCUCCGGGCUCAGGAAAGUCAGUCAUGGCCGGCUUCCUGGUGACGCACCUUGAGGAAACUCAGAAGAGGGUUCAAUAUUUCUUUUUUCGUUACAAUGAGGAGGCCAAGCGAUCGAUCGCCGUCUGUCUCAAGAUGCUGGCUUACCAAAUUGCACUUUGCAUGCCAGAGUAUCGUCGAAAGAUCCUCGCACUUCUCGAGGAUAAGAACGCCCUCGCACGGAACGAUGCGAGAGGUGUGUGGCAAAGAGCAUUCGUCAAUAUUCUGUCCAAGAUGGAUCUUGACGAGCCCCUCUUCUGGGUCAUCGAUGCUGUGGAUGAGUGCGAGUCGGCACAGAUAUUGCUCAACCUCCUGCCUGCGUUGAAGGAGCAAUCAAUCCCCGUGAAGAUCAUCUUUCUUACUCGGCCCCAAGCAUCAUUUAGAGCUUUCGAGAGACUUCGCUAUAGGUUCGGUUCAGAUUUCCGCCAGAGUGAGGUGGUGCCUACUCGAGAAGGACAGAAACUAUUCAUCGAGCAGGAACUGGAAGUGGCAUACCGCGAAUGGCCGCAAAGCUUUUUCAACAAUGUCAAGGAUGACUUGCUCCGCAAAUCGAAGGGAAACUUUCUCUGGUUGACGCUCGUCACAGAGGAGCUUCAUCGGUGUGACACAGAGAAACAGGUAGAGGAAGUACUUUCUCAGCCGCCGGAGGAUCUCGUCGGCGUUUACUCAAGAAUUGUCAGCUCCAUCGCAAAAACCUACGGCGAGGGCGAGUUGCAGACGGCCAAGAAGAUCCUAAGCUGGAUCACCUGCGCUGAAUGGCAGCUUUCCUUGGGCGAACUCGAGGAAGUACUGAGCCCGGAGCUUACGGCUCUCAACAUUAAACGGACCAUACACCGGCUUUGCGGGGAUUUGGUGGUUGUCGACGAGAAGAAAGGCAGUGUAUCAGCUGUGCACCAUACAGCGAAAGAGUUCUUGAUACAUGACAAAGGCAGUGAGCUUGCGAUUGACCCGCCUGAAGCCCACACAUUGAUCUUCGUCAAGUGCCUCGAUAUUUUGAUGGACACGCAAUUCAGAGUACAUCUGAAAACUCAUGGCUGUGUAGGCGUGCUGAAGUACGCUUGCAUUUUUUGGGCCAAGCAUCUUGCCAACGCCGACCAUUUGAAUCGACAGCAUCUUCGCACCUUGGUCAAAUUCUUUGAAGGAGAAACCUGA